AUGCCUCUUAAAUCUGGUAAAAUUGAAAGUAAUCUACUUGGAUUACGUUCUGGUAGAAAGCAACUAAUAAAUAAAAUUAAUGAUAUAACUGAACGUACACAACAAAUUGUCUUAGAAAAAUUUACUGAUGAACAAUUAAUAGAAUUUCGAGAAUUAUUUAAUAUGUUUGAUAAAGAUAAUCAAGGUAUAUUAACCAUACAGACUCUUGUUUCUGUAAUGAAAUCAGUUGGUCAAACACCAACUGAAUCUGAUAUGAUUGAUUUAAUGCGUGAAAUCGAUAUUGACAAUUCAGGUACAAUUGAUUUUUAUGAAUUCGUAAAUAUUAUUUCACAACAUAUGUAUCCAAGUGAAACAAUACAAGAAAUUCGACAUGCAUUUAAUUUAUUUGAUCAAAAUGAAGAUGGCAUAAUUACAUUCGAUGAUUUGAAAUUAACUAAUGAAAAAUAUUUGAAAAACUCAAUCAAUGAUUUUGAAUUACGUCAAAUGGUUGAAUUAGCAAAUCAUAAUGAACAAAGACAUGUUUCAUUUGAAGAUUUUCUUCAUACAGCUAUUUGUCGAAAUGAUAAGAAACGAAGUGGUUUAAGUACUUAA